AUGAGAUCAUAUUUGACCAAAGACCUGAUGAAGGAAUUUGACAGGACCAGCAUGACUACAGCGGGGAUGGAUCUGCGUUUGCUGAGAGCGCCCCAAACAACCAUCGCAAUUUUGCCAACUCUGAGUUUCAAAGAAAAUGACACCAGCUGCGGGGAGCAGAUUCUUAGCCACGGGAAUGUGGAGAAGGUGCUUAUCGGAGGGGUUCUCACUGUGCUCACUUUGUUCACUAUUUGCGGGAACUUACUUGUGGUGAUAUCCGUGUGCUUUGUGAAGAAGCUGAAACAGCCCUCCAAUUAUCUAAUUGUCUCUCUGGCGGUGGCAGACCUGUCCAUAGCGGUGGCGGUGAUGCCCUUUGUCAGCAUCACGGACCUCAUCGGGGGGCAGUGGAUCUUCGGACAGGUGUUCUGCAACGUUUUCAUUGCCAUGGACGUGAUGUGUUGCACUGCUUCGAUCAUGACCCUGUGUGUAAUAAGCAUAGACAGGUACCUAGGCAUAACUAAACCCUUGACCUACCCUGUGCGACAGAGUGGGAGAUGCAUGGCGAAAGUAGUUCUGUCUGUGUGGCUGCUGUCUGCUUCCAUCACCCUGCCCCCGUUGUUCGGCUGGGCCCAGAACGUUAACGAUGACAAGGUGUGUCUGAUCACCCAAGACGUGGGCUACACCAUCUACUCCACCGCCGUUGCAUUCUACAUCCCCAUGUCGGUGAUGUUGAUGAUGUACUACCGCAUCUACCGAGCAGCCAAGGUGAGUGCCGCCAAGCACACCAUCCAAGGCUUCCCCAAGGCGGAGGACGAGCGUAACAGUGUUGACUGCGUGGCCGCGGCCUUUAAGCUCCAGAAGGAGGUGGAGGAGUGCGCCAGUUUCUCUCGUCUGCUUAAGAACGACAGGAAAAACAUCUCCAUCUUCAAGCGGGAGCAGAAGGCGGCCGCUACGUUGGGGAUCGUUGUGGGGGCCUUCUCUGUCUGCUGGCUGCCCUUCUUCCUGAUGUCCACGGCCAGGCCCUUCAUCUGUGGGGUAGAAUGUAGCUGCGUUCCCCUCUGGGUGGAAAGGUUUCUCCUCUGGCUGGGCUACGCCAACUCCCUCAUCAACCCAUUCAUCUAUGCCUUCUUCAACAGGGACCUGAGGACCACCUACCGUAACAUCUUGCUCUGCAGGUACAGGAACAUUAACCGCAAACUCUCCGCCGCCUGCAUGCACGAGGCCAUCAAACUGGCUGAGAGACAGGAUCUGGAGAUCUAG